AUGCGUCGAAGUGCGAUUGUGGCGGCUCUAAAUGAACUGAACGAAAAUACCUCUAAACCCCCGCAUGAGCCACCGAGGCAACUAGCAACUGGAGGCGGCUAUGGAAUUUUGCAGGAACAAAAGCCCUUCAAGUCACCUUUGGUGAGGAGUCGCAAUGGCAAUCAGUCACUACGGAAACGACCACGCUUAAAUUACGCCGUGUUUGGUGAUCAUGUCACGGAUGAAAAUGAUGCAUGCUAUGGAGAGCUAGAGGAGCCGAGACAAAAGAAAAGUCUCGAGGGCGUAUAUAAAGGCAUCGAUGCAUCUGGUGUUUCUUUUAAUGUGGAUCGUCGAAAGUGGCAAGUGUACGAUGCAAAGCCAGACGCGAUCAGACGCAAAUUCUCGAUUCCAAGUCUUCGGAACGACAAAGGUGAAGUAUUCAAAGCAAAUUCGACGAAUGCUGCGUUGGGCGUCAGGCGACCUGUGGAAGUGCCACCGCGCCCUUUACACGAUCCUAUGGGUGAGCAUGCGAUCGUGCUCUAUGACCCGACAGUGGACGAUAAGAAUAUCGAAAAGGAGCGAGAAAGGUUACGUGCUGCUUUUGAAGAAGAGCAGCAGAAGGCGAAAGAAGAACGUGGUCCGCAUAAAAGUCUGGCAUCGAUCCUUGGAUUGAAUAAACCACAUGUUCAAUUAGACGAAAAAGUCCCGGUCGUGAUCGAUCCAAGACUAGGCAAAACUCUGCGUCCACACCAAGUCGAGGGUGUCAAGUUUCUGUAUCGUUGUACGACCGGCAUGAUAUCUGAGAAUGCUAAUGGAUGUAUUAUGGCUGAUGAAAUGGGUCUAGGCAAGACUUUGCAAUGCAUCACGCUUCUCUGGACGUUAUUAAAGCAGUCUCCCAAUGCUGGCAAGUCUACCAUUCAAAAAGCUAUUGUUGUUUGUCCAUCAAGCUUGGUUCGAAACUGGGCCAACGAACUCACGAAAUGGCUUGGCGCUGCCGCCCCAGGCGCUUUGGCUCUGGAUGGUCGCCUUAGUCGCGAGCAGAUGUUUGAGUCUGUUCAAAGAUGGGCUGAUUGUAAAGGACGAGCAAUUGUUCAUCCCGUCAUGAUUGUGUCUUACGAAACUCUUCGCAAUUUACAAGAGCUCCUAGGGAAUACCGAAAUCGGAUUGCUUUUGUGCGACGAAGGGCAUAGACUCAAAAACACCGACUCUUUGACUUUCCAAUCAUUAGACUUACUUAAAGUGAAGCGUCGUGUUAUUUUGUCAGGAACACCAAUUCAGAACGAUCUAUCUGAGUAUUUCGCGCUUAUCAACUUUGCUAUUCCUGACGUUCUUGGAAACCGAAAUGAAUUUCGCAAGAGAUUUGAACUAGACAUCCUUCGAGGUCGAGACGCUGGUGCCUCUGAAAAAGAGCAGAUGGUGGGUCGUGAAAAGCUACAAGAACUAUCUGCUUUGGUGAGCCAGUUUAUAAUCCGCCGGUCGAAUGAUAUUCUAUCCAAGUACUUGCCUAUCAAGUAUGAACAUGUGGUAUUUUGUCACUUGUCUCCUUUUCAGCUUGCCCUGUACGAUCUUUUUCUUCGAUCCCCUGCCAUUGCUAGAUUGUUGCGCGGAAAUGGCUCGCAACCAUUGAAAGCUAUUGGGAUUUUGAAGAAAUUGUGUAAUCAUCCUGAUUUACUCAGUCUGCCUGAUGAUCUGGAGGGUAGCGAAGAACUUUUCCCUGAAGGAUACAAACCAGGUGAUCGCAGGCAUGUGGCAGUGGAACUGUCAGGGAAACUGUCAGUCUUGACAAGGUUCCUCGCUUCGAUUCGUUCGACUACGGAUGACAAGAUCGUCCUAAUUAGCAAUUAUACCCAAACAUUGGACUUAUUUGAGCGCCUGUGUCGUUUGCGUCGCUGGGGCUUUUUCCGACUUGACGGCACCAUGAAUAUUAACAAGCGCCAGAAACUUGUCGACCGAUUCAACGACCCAACAGCACCUGAAUUUAUCUUUCUGUUGAGUUCUAAAGCUGGUGGGUGUGGUUUGAAUCUUAUUGGUGCAAAUCGUCUCGUGCUCUUUGAUCCCGACUGGAAUCCUGCUUCUGAUCAGCAGGCUUUGGCCCGUGUUUGGCGCGACGGUCAGAAGAAAGCUUGUUUUGUAUAUCGUUUCAUUGCUACCGGUUCCAUCGAAGAAAAGAUUUUGCAGCGGCAAUCUCACAAACAAUCCCUUUCUUCGUGCGUAGUUGAUGAUGAUUUGGAUGCUGAGCGGCACUUUUCUGGCGAAGACUUGCGGGCCCUUUUCCAAUUCAAGUAUAACACGGACUCUGACACGCAUGAUACCUACAAAUGCAAGCGUUGCAGAGACGGCAAGCAAGUCGUUGCAUCAAAGGCUAUGCUCUACGGAGAUACCAGCACAUGGAACCAUGUAUCCAAACACGAGUUUGGAAAACUGCAUGAUGAUCUUCUUAGGGCAGAAGUCAUGCAUGACGAUGUUUCGUUUGUAUUCCAGUAUUGUAGUCAUUAA